ACGCAACACAAAGGCAUGAAUAGCACCAUCUCUACAGAGAAGCGCAUACAGUUAGCUUCGAAUGAUUAUAAAAAUGGCCGCAUCAAGUCAAUCAAUAAGGCGGCUUUGGCAUAUGAUGUUCCUCGAUCGAGCCUUCAAAGAUACGUCAAAGGGACCAAAAGGCGCAGUAACACUGCUGCAAAUUCUUGAAAACUUACAGAUACUGAAGAAUCUACUCUUAUUACAUGGAUAUUGGAUAUGGGAAGACGUGGCUUACCACCACAAAUAUCAAUUAGUAUCUCUCAGUACAGCUUCUAUUGGAGAGAAAUGGGUGAAUCGAUUCGUUAAACGUCACGAUGAAUUAUCCGCCAAAUAUACUCGGAAAUAUGACUAUCAGCGUGCUAAGUGUGAAGACCCAGAGCUUAUUAAAGACUGGUUUGAGCGGGUUCGUGAUACAAUCCAGAAGUAUGGGAUCAUUGAGCAAGAUAUCUAUAAUAUGGAUGAGACUGGAUUUCAGAUGGGUAUUAUAUCAACAGCUAAAGCUUUACAGCCUGGAAAUCGCGAAUGGGUGACUGCAAUUGAGGCUAUCAACACAGGCUGA